UCGGGGCGGGAAGAUGCCGCGCGUCGUGCCUGAUCAGAGAAGCAAGUUCGAGAACGAAGAGUUUUUCAGGAAGCUGAGCCGCGAGUGUGAGAUUAAGUACACGGGCUUCAGGGACCGGCCCCACGAGGAGCGCCAGGCGCGCUUCCAGAAUGCCUGCCGCGACGGCCGCUCGGAAAUCGCUUUUGUGGCCACAGGAACCAAUCUGUCUCUCCAGUUUUUUCCGGCCAGCUGGCAGGGGGAACAACGACAGACACCUAGCCGGGAAUAUGUCGACUUGGAAAGAGAAGCAGGCAAGGUAUACCUGAAGGCUCCCAUGAUUUUAAACGGAGUCUGUGUUAUCUGGAAAGGCUGGAUCGAUCUACAGAGACUGGAUGGUAUGGGUUGCCUGGAGUUUGAUGAGGAGCGAGCCCAGCAGGAGGAUGCAUUAGCUCAACAGGCCUUUGAAGAGGCUCGACGAAGGACACGUGAGUUUGAAGAUAGAGACAGGUCUCAUCGGGAGGAAAUGGAGGUGAGAGUUUCACAGCUGCUGGCAGUAACUGGCAAGAAGACAACAAGACCCUAGUCCUGGUUCUAAUUUAGGUGGUGGUGAUGACCUCAAACUUGGUUAAUUAGAAGCACACAGAUGUGCCACUCAUCUUUACAUAUACAUUGCUUCUAGUUGGUAGAAAUAAUUGAUUACAAGACCAGAAACUGUGAUAACUGGAUAUACUGCAGUCUGUUUCUCAACCUUAGGCAGUAACAGACAUCACAGACUGCCAUGGUUUUGCACUAUGAUUAUAAUACCUGCAUUUCUAAUUUUUUAAACAUGUAAGCCAGUAAUAAUUUGGAAUUUUUUUUUCUAUGCAAGCUUAUUACCUUGUUGGCAUUAUAUUUAGUGAGUUGAAACUAUCCAAUUGUAAAGUCCAUUUUUCUAGUCAUUGUAAUUUAAAAGUUAUGUCAUUUAAUAGGUCAAGAAGUUAAAAUUUCAUAGGGGGGGUGGGGAUUUCCCCCCCUCCUAAUCGGUUGCUCUAAUUUUUUUGUACUUUUAGAUGUGUUGAUUUAUAUAACUUCACUAUAGAUAAACAUUCUUGGGGGGGAUUUGUUUUAUUUUCCCCAUUUCCUUUUGUGUUUUUAUAAUCUAUGGCAUUUAAAAACUUCUGAUGUGUUUGCAUUAUUUACAAGCUAAAAACCUAGUAGCACAGAGCUGUCUGCCACAGCCUUCUAACACAAAGUUUACAGUUGUUAAAGUUGCAGUAUCCUUUUAAAUACCAGUAUCAGCACCCUUUGUUUGCUUUUU